ACUUUCGUGCACCUCCGUAUAUUGCUAGGGCGGCUAGCAGUUGAAAAAGUGGGUGAAGGAGGGAGAGGCAAACGCAGCGUUUGCGCAACCUCCAUCGGCUGAAGAUCGUGCAAAAACGCGACAAACGACUUGGUUUGAGUGGAGGGAAAGACUUGACGACCGAUUCUCAGGUUUCCUACACGCUACCGCUCGCCCGCGCCUUUCCUCUGCUACUGCAGUCGGAGAGCCGCCAGAGCUGAGCCUAGCGAGAGCAGUCAGCAUGGAAGAGAUACGAAGCUGGUGGGAGGUUCCUUGCGUCUCUCACUUCUGCAAGAUCUUCAGCAAACCAUUCAAACUGCCCGAGUUUGAGAUAGAGGAGUUGGAAGAUGCACUACUGCUGGACAUGAACCCAGACCCGUCUUCUCUUCUUGUUCAACUCUUCGUCAUCUUCCUCAAUGGCAUAGUCGACAGAGAUAUAACAGAGGAGAACUGGCAGAGUUUUCUAAAGCUCCAUGUGCGGUGGAGAUGUGACUUUCUACAUGAGAAGUGGGAUCCAUUCCAGAGCAAGGGCUGUGACUACGGUAGUCUCGGUGCACGGGAGAAAGUAGAGCUGCUUCACAAACUCUGCCACUGGAGACUGGAGCUCGACGAUGUCGGCGACCUCGUUAGAGGUUACGACGGGCCGUCUCUAAGACUGUUACCUCUGGGUAGAGACGGAGACGGAUUUCUGUACUGGUUCUUUUACGGGACGCGGCUGUAUCGCGAGGCUCCGUCCAGGAGGGCUGUGAGGAAGAAGAAGACUGACGAUCACUCGGAGACGGGCCGUGGGCGAGGGAAAGCCACGCCCUCUGGUCGUAAGAAGGCGGUCCCUACACCCCAGAGAAAGGGGGCGGGAUCAAGAGCUGGCAGGGGUCAGAGUACAAGAAGAACUCCCUCUACUAGAGGCAAAGGACGCAGAGCAGCUGCGAAAGAAGAGUCGAGUGAUGGUGAAGAAUCUCAGAUUGAAGGUCAAAGUUGCAGAAGACCUCAGAACAGACGUAAUGUUCCUCGUUGCGAACAGCUGGCUGGUGGCGAUGAUGAAGGGUACGAGGGAAAGAGCAAGAGGUGCAGCACCAGCUGAGAGUCCUGGGGAAAAUGAGUGUAAGGAUGAUCUCAGUGGGAAUAAAACUCCUUCGGCUGCCCCGGUAACGUCACCGGUGAAGGAAAAUGAAGAGAAGAUGGAGACUGAAGCGAAAGAAGGAGAGGGAGAGGGAGAGGGAGAGGGAGGGGAGAGGGAGAGGGAGAGGGGACGAGAGAUGAAGAAAUGGAGGUUUCUGAAUCAGUUCUUGCUGCAAACACAAACAACAACAGUAACAAGCGAAGUGGAGAUGAGGAGGGAGGAAGUGGGGGAGAAGGUGAGGAGGGGAACAGAAGGCGGAGUCUCAGAACUCGCAACAGAAGUAGUCGAAAGAUGACAGAGCAGGAGAAGGAGCCAAGUCCAGCAGAGUGUGUGGGGGAAGGAGUGGAGAGUGAGGAGAAGGGAGAGGAGGAGGAGAGUGAGGACGACGCCAUUGACUGGCAGCCAGCGUCAGGUCGCGGCAGAGGAAGGGGGAAAUCUCAGUACGUCACUUGUAUCAUUAGUGGGUCUUUAUAAAAUGGCUCUUACAUGUUGUAGUACACAAUAUUCUUAAUAUAGCCCACCUCUACACAAGUUUGUGUUAUCCUCAGUGCAUAUAACAGAAUCCCUUGCUGCCUACUAAUGCAUUGCCUUCUAGUACUACACUCUCUGUUGUUUCAGAUCUGUCAGAGGGAGAAGAAGAAAGGCAGAGGCAAGUGAGGCAGAGAGUGAGGAGGAAGUGGAGGAAGAGGAGAAGGAAGGAAAAGAAGAGAAAGACACAGGAGAGAAGAAAAGAGAAAAAUGGCAGAUAGUGUGCAGUACAGAGGAGGAGUGGGAUGAGUUGGUGGCCUCUCUAUCAACUGUCAGAGCUCCUUCAGUCAAGAAACUGUACAGAGCUCUUGAGGAACUGCUGCCUGAUGUCCAGUACCUGUUUCGAGAGAGAGAGAAGGAACUGAAGAGGAAGAUGAUAGCUGAACUGCCACGAAGGACUUCCGACAGAAUUGCCCUCAAGGCACAGCGAGAGGAGGAAGAGAGGCUGGAUGCGCAGCUGCGAGAGAGACAGAGAGAGGUCCUGCGAAAGGAGAGAGAGGAGGAGAAGAGGAGGAAAGAGGAUGAGGCCGAGGAGAAACGACAGAAGCGGAGAGAUGAGGCCAUUCUUCGCAGGAAAGCCCGAGAGGAGGAGCAGAUGAAGGUGCGGGAGGAAGAGGAGAAGAACUGGCAGCAGGCAAUGAGUGGGGAGUUGUCUGGACCCCGCAAAGCUGCUCUGGGAGCUGCGGAGGGUGUGAGUGAGGUGAUAAAGGCAGUGGAGGGUGAAGGAGGACUGGAUGACCUGGCAAUGGAGGGUGACAAGGAAGAGUUUCUCUACACUGCCUUCUACAAGAUUCUGAGUGGCCUGAGACGGCAGGAGGACAGCUGGGUGUUUGAGGAUCCUGUGACUGAGUCCAUCGCCCCCGGUUACCACGAACAGAUCUCCAUGCCAAUGGAUUACUCCACAGUUGAGAGUCGACUGGAGAAAAGGCAUUACUCCACACGAGAAGAGUUUGAGACUGACGUGAAACUGAUCUUCAACAACUGUAUUGAGUACAACGGAGAGGACAGUGAGUACUCGGAACUGGCCAACCAGAUGUUAGUCGAGUUCCAGAAACUAUGCAAGGUCCAUCUGGAUGGAGGCGGUGUCAAGGCUGAGCUGGAGAUAAAAACCAAAGGAUCUCGCUCCUCUCGAUCUCCGAGUGUUUGCAAGACUCCAGAACUAACCAGCGAGAGCUCUUCAGAGGAGGCCAGCGAUGAAGACAGCGAUGACAGCUACAGUGAAGGAACAGGGAAGCCUAAGAAGAAGGCGAGUGGCACCGGAGGACUGAAACCUCUGCUGCUGACACCCAAGCUGUCCCAGCAACUGCCGCACUCCACGGCACAUCUCCCUCCCAGACCCCCUCACCCCUACUACCAUCAUCAAAUGAUGAUGCAGUACCGAAUGAGGUUCGAUGGGGCUCCGCCCCCUCACAUGGCUCCUCCCCCUCCUGAGAUGAUGUUCAGACCUCCGGCAUACGGUCGUCCCCCUCCUCCCUACUCCCAACACCCACACAUGCCACGCCCACCUGAUCACCACUUUCCUACUUACCCUCCGAACUACCCUCCCCACUUUCCCCCAUCUCCCUACCAUCAUCUCCACGGUUUCCGCCACGGGUUCCCUCCUCACAUGUUGUCUCCUCAGCAAAGACCCCACCUCUCUCCCACUGCUGCCCACGGCAGACCAGGUUCCGUUCCACCUGGUCCUAAUUCCGUUCCACAUUCAUCGACGAGCACUCCUCCGCACGUGUCCGACCCUGGUUCCAUUCCACAUUCGUCUGAUCCCGGUUCCAUUCCAGAGUCAAAUAUGCAGGAAGGAGUUCCUGGGAAAGUGGUGGGAGAUGAGGAAGGGAAGGGAGGGAGGGAAGAGAAAGAGCAGGAGGAAGGGAAGAAGGUAGAGGAUGAACAAGGAAGAGAGGAAAAGAAGGAAGGAGGUGAGGCAAAGGAUGGAGACAAGAAAAGGGCAGAGGGACAAGAGGAGGGAACACAAACAUCUGAUGGAAGAGAGACAGUUGCAGAAAAUGGUGCAAGUCCUCCAAUAAUGGUCCAGUCUGGCCCCCCGCCCCCUCCCCCUCAUGGACCACCACACCAAAUGUCCAAACAACAACAAGCUGCCUACAGGUACCACCAGCACAUGAUGAGAGCUGCAGGGGGUGGGGCUAGCCACACCCACCCUGACUUCUACCAGCGUUACCCUCAUGGAUACAAUCCUCACUAUUUACCCCGUCAGCCCUACCCCUCUCCUCCUCAGCCCCCACGUCCCCCCACUUCUCUUCCCUCACAUCACCCUGACCCAUACUAUGCCUGGCAUCAUCAACAGGCAAUGUAUGGUCGCGAGGGGACGACCUGGCGUCUCACCAGACGACAUGCAACGUCAUCAGCAGCAGAUGUACUGGAUGGAGAUGGAGAGAAGACGACAAUACUACAUGUACAUGCAGCAGAGAGCUAAAGCAGCUCAAAUGGGGCAGAGUCAGAAACCUGUUGCUACUAGCAACAAACAAGAGAGCAACGAGCUGCCCGGCAAAGAGGGUGGAGUGGAGAGCUCUAAUAAGAGUAAAGAGGAAGAGGAAGAAAAGAUGGAACAGAAAGCCUCAACAAAACAGGAGGGAGCAAAGGAUGAAAAUCGGGCAAGUGCUCAUGAGGAGAGCGAGACAGAUGGAGGUGAGAAAGAACGAGGGUGUCCAACACCAGACACAAAGACAACAGUCAGCAAUGAAGACAAGAUGGUACCAGCCCCCAGCCAAGAUGAAAAGACACUAGCCCCCAGCAAAGAGAAGGUGACAGCACCCCCGGAAGACAAGAAGACACCAGGUGCUGAAGACAGGGAGGCAGGUGUUGGAGAGGAGAGGAACACUCCUCGUGCUGCCAAAGAUGGGAAAAAAGACAUUGGCAGUCGAAGAUGGUGAAAAGCCAGUGGCUGGGACGAGCGAGAAGGCGAAAACCACAGAAGCUCAUCCUCUGCUGAAGGAGCCGUCGAGAGAGAUGAUGUUCAGGCAUGCUUAUCGCCCGCCCCCCUUCCCUCCACACCCUCACAACGGUCACCCUGCUCUAGAGGGUGGCAACAUGUACUCUUACCCCUCACCCCAUCACAUGUACCCUCCACACAUGUACGGAGUACCACCUGGUUACGGAAUGAGGCCACACCCAUCUAAUUACCGACCACACCCACCCUAUAACGAGCAGGGGUUUCCUCACUACCAAAGCCCAGGACAUGAUCAAGGUGUUACCGAAGGUAACACAGGCGACAAGCAGGGAAUUCCCCCAACCCAGAGACCUAGGGCAAGGGGAGUUCCCCCUGGAUACCUGUCUCAGCGAGAGGGGUUUCCCCCAAUGUAUGGUCCCAGACCUGAGCACCACGAGAUGGGGGCUCCACCUAACGAGCAGGGAUUACCCCCUGGUUAUGGUGCCUGGCCUCGCCACCAUAGUUUCCCACCACCAAUGGAUCCAGGGAUGAUGUCAUCGGAGGCGAGGGAAAGGUGGAAGAUGGGGCAAUCAGCAUCUCACUAUCAGCACAUGCACCCUCACCAGUACAUGCACUAUACGUACAGGAGCCCCACAGGUCAAAGUUCACCCCACCCUCCCAUAAGCUCUCACUCCACCCCUCAGAAGAGGUCUCUGGACCAGUCUGCCACUGACAACUCUCCUAGCUCUGCUCCUGCUCCUCCCAGUAAGAAAGCCAAAGCCAUGACGUGACAUCUUAACACUUUCCAACUCACUCCUUCAAGUUUUAGUACCUUUCCCUGACUCACAACUUGCCACUUACACACUUUAGCUCAUGCGGCCUUGUAUUAUGAUGACAUCAUUUCACUGAUCAUCGUACACUUGUACAGACAAUAAGAUCUAUUUUCAGACACCAUUUUACAUGCAGCACCAACAACCACUAAAAAAUUUUAGCCACGACUUCCUUUUUUCGUGUUGCACAGUAUUCCAAUGUA